AUGGGAAUUCUUACAGGUGUAGCUGUGGGUUAUACCGGCACGCCUGACCCAUCUUUUUCGUGUGGUGACCAGUUUGGCUACUACCCAGACCCUGCGGAUUGCAGCAAGUACUACAUAUGUGUGUUUGGAGAUGCUCUUCACGAGACUUGUACAGGAGGUCUGUACUUCAGCACUCGACUACAGACUUGUGAUUGGCCGAUAAACACACAAUGUGGAGAUGGUUCACAGACCAACGACGAAAGUCACGAGAGUUUCCGUCGUCGUGGAGAUGUUUUCUCCAGUGUAAGACGUAAACAGGGUUCAUCCCCCAGUAGAUCAUCUAGCUACAACUAUAGGUCAACGUUUAGGAAUAAGGGAGCAGUUGUUGAAAGACCUGAGUUACGGUUGCCUAUCAGUUCCACUUUUCCCCCGCCCCCAGACUCUCCCCUGAUCACAGAAUUAAAGUCACAUCAACGUGUAAAUCCAGACGGUCAGAGAGAGGUUAAUCAUGGAGUGAAGUUUAACUCCCACUAUCAAGGUAGUCUGCUCCAAUAUGAAGAAGUUACACCUAAAACAGAGACACCUGGCGUAGACUUGGGAAUUAAUCGACCUUCAGAUGUAUCUGAUCUUAAAGUAUUUGUGAAACCAAUCUCUCAUAAAAAUAUUGAUACAGAAACUCAGACUUACAACAACAAAGACAAACUAAAGGUAUCUCAAAUAAUUGCUUCGAAAGAUCCAGAUAUAGGGUCAUAUCUUGCGUUAGAGGAACACAAUAGUGAUCUUAAGGAUGAGAAGAAGGACCUAGAUAUCAAUACAAACAAUGGGAAACACAAAGAUUCAGAUAUAGGGUCAUAUCUUGCGUUAGAGGAACAAAAUACUGAUCUUAAGGAUGAGAAGAAGGACCUAGAUAUCAAUACAAACAAUGGGAAACCCAAAGAUCCAGAUGCCAUCCACGUUUAUGGUAAAGAUGUUGACAGUUAUCAGGUAUCUGGUGGAACUUCUCAAUCCAAUAAGAACAGACCAAAUGAGCCAGAAGAACGUAUAAGUUACGAUGGUAAAGCUGAGUAUCUUGCCACUAAAGAUGGCGUGCGGUCUUGGAGAAGAAAUAACGACAAAUAUGAUAAUCCAGAUAUGAGCUUAUAUACAAAUAAUGGCCACUAUAAGGAUACUUUGUCUUCCCUAUCACCAAACAAUGGCCGUUCCAAAGAGUCUGAGGCCUUGUCUUCCCUAUCUCGAAAUAAUGGCCAUUCGAAAGAUCCAGAUGUUUUACCUACCCUAUUACUAAACAAUGACCAUUCCAAAGAUCCUGACAUCACACUGCCGACUCUGGCACCAACACUAACCCCAAACAGGUCUCAUAAACUGUAUGGCCAACCAUCUUUGAACCACCGUUCUUCUCAUAGCGACCCAAAGCAGUCUUUACAAGACCCAGACACUUUGGACGCUCAGUUUGGCACGAAUCCUGUCAUUGUAAGUGUGCCAGAUCCCCCUAUACAGCGUAAUUAUGAUCAAGCCACGAAUAGCAAAUCACCCGUCACUAGAAAGGUUGGCCCCUUAAGUGCUAACAACGAUCCUUCCCCGCUAUCCAAUUAUAGGGACUAUGGAGCAACCAAUAGAACCUCACCUUAUGAGACGAGUUCUCGUAAACUAACCAGAGCUUAUAUCACCAGGCCAACAACUGUUUCUACAGAAGCCACCACCACCACAUCCACUAAAAGAACUCCCGCUGCUACUGGAUUAUCUAGAAGGGAUUCUUACCCUAAACUAGCUGCACGACCCCCACCUCUGUACUCCACCCCAAUUCCCUUAGAACCAGCUGACAACUGUAGCCCCAACACGUGCCGUCUUCCAGACUGCCGUUGUGGAGGAGCUAGUAUUCCAGGAGAUCUUCCAGUCAGCGAAACACCACAAGUGGUUCUUCUCACUUUUGAUGACGCCGUGAAUGCUUUGAACUAUGACUUAUACAAAGAAAUAUUCACAGGACGAAAAAACCCUAAUGGUUGUCCAAUUCUGGGGACUUUUUACGUAUCCCAUGAGUGGACAGAUUAUGCACAAGUUCAAACUCUUUACUCUGAAGGGCACGAGAUGGCGUCUCAUACCAUCAGUCACAGUUUUGGUGAAAAGUUCUCGAAAAACAGAUGGUUUAAAGAGGUCCAUGGUCAACGAGAGAUCCUCCAUCUUUACGGAGGAGUUAAGAUGGAAGACGUCCGAGGAAUGAGAGCACCGUUUCUGCAGGUCGGUGGUAACAACAUGUUUGAGAUGUUGUACGAUGCCAAUUUCACCUAUGAUUCUUCCAUGCCUGUGUUCGAGAAUAACCCUCCAUUCUGGCCCUACACUCUAGACUACGCUAUCAACCACGAGUGUAUGAUCACCCCUUGCCCGAAAAAGUCAUUUCCAGGACUCUGGGAGGUGGGUAUGGUGAUGUGGGUGGAUUUGAGAGGAGGCCGCUGCUCCAUGACAGAUGCCUGUUUUAAUGCCCAGGACGAAGAAGGAGUUAUUAAAUUUUUCCGGAAAAAUUUUUACCGUCAUUACAACUCCAACCGAGCCCCACUGGGGUUGUUCUAUCAUUCGGCCUGGUUCACAACCCCCCAUCAUAAAAAGGGGUUCAUGAAAUUCCUAGACGAGAUCCUCAGUAAAGACGACGUCUGGCUAAUCACCAACUGGCAACUUAUUGAGUGGUUGAGAAACCCGACACCUAUAUCUAAAUUAAACAGUUUCGAUCCCUGGCAGUGUAGACGGAAUGAUCGCCCCCCUCCGUGCCAUAAUCCAAAAGUGUGCAAUGUGCGGAGCAAGAACGGUGUACGAUACAUGAAGACCUGUCAGAAAUGUCCCAAGUAUUACCCCUGGGUGGGGAAGACGGGUUACAAGUAGGACAGGUAGACUGGAUAACAUCUAACUGUCAGUGGUUGCGUUUUAUACUGUUACAUAAGCAUACUCUAGAAGAUACGUGUAUACAUUACAGAAUCCAACAAUAGACACUUCACCGCCCUCUACCGUUAUGUCAUACCUCUCAUUAAGAACCUGUCUUUUUUUUUUGUAGUGCUUUUUUUAUUUGUUUUCACUUUUCUUGCUGUGAUAAACUUAAUUUCUCUCUGAAUGGACGGAAUAACUUAGAGGAACAAUAAAUGUUUCUUAAUUUAA